AGCCGAUGGAAGCUAAAAGCGCUUGUUAGCGGAUUAUCUGACAUCUUGAUAGUUAGCCCUUUAGUUCUCUGUGGCCAAACAGCUUUCGGAAUGUCGGGACAACCAAACAGCGAUAAUCCAGAGACUCUGUUUUCAUUGGAGCUUUUAGUGGAAUACAUUCGAGUAGAGAAAAUUUGUAAAAUCCUUAACGAGUUGGCUCUGGGAGUCACACUCCUGAACUUUCCGACGCUGCUAAUUUAUCAGUCACAGCAGCAACAGCAGCAGAUCAGCGGGAGCAGUAACAACCCCGGGCACAAUGAAAAGGAGAAACCUGGAAUGUUCGCCUUUAACAGAGGAAAGUGUUGUUUCUUCAAAAUGGACUUAAACUCACUGCACGUACAGCUGUCCAACACCCCGCUGUAUGGUAUGGUGCUGGAUGUUACAGAGGAGAGUCCCAAGUUAGUCGGCUCCUGUCUGAUAUCACUGGCUAAAGCGAUGGACAGAAUCAGGCAGGAUGUGACUGAACGGGGGGUUUCUAGUCCCUCCUAUCACAUAGAAAGGGGGCUUGUUGUCUCUAUAUGCAACCUCGCGGGGGAGAAAGUCGGAGCAAUGUCCCUGAGUUAUAAACUGUUAUGUCUAGGAGCGAGUCUGCUGCCACACAUCACAGAGAGGGAGAGAGUGUCUGGAGGGCAGCAAGCACAAGAACAUGUCAAGGAGACAAACAAGUCUACAUCGCAGCCUCCUGACUCUGGAAAUGUCUGCUCACCAACCCCACAGUGUAGCGGAAAAGCCCAAAGCAAAGCGGAGAGGAAAAAGGAGUAAAUGAACAAGGUGAUUACAAAUCAUGGACUCUGGAUUCAGAAGCUCCUGUUUUUGAAGAUUCACGUUCAGAGGACGAAGUGGAUGAAAAGGAAG